CAAUUUCUAUGCUCAUGACAAAGUAAACACUGAAUGUGAAGUGGACCAAAACUUGAUAAACCGGUUUGCUAUGAUAAAAAGGGUUGGAACUUGUUGACUAAUAGCGGUUCGAUUCCCAUUCAUAUAUAAACAACUCAUUAAUUCUGCAAAGAAACUACAUUUUAAAUCUAAACGAUGACGAGAAUGACAAAUGGUAGGCGAUGAACAGAAAUGGAGGAAAUUUAAAGCGUUAGGAAAAAUAAAGAUAAAUUGAAUUUUUGCAAUAUUAUUAUUUUUUUCUCUUAUUAGAUCACUUUCCACAAAAGAAUUUAAACCAAGUCCCGUUUAUAUUAUAUUUUUAGAGGACAGUUUUGCCCUUAGCUUCAUUUGGAGUUGCGCAAUGCAAAUUUGGAGGCUACUGUAGUGGCGUUACGCUUAGACCCUCGUGUCUCUCCAGAAUCUUUCCUUCCAGCAUAAAGGAAAUUCACCCCUCAAGCAAGAUAGUACCUUUGCUCUUUAUUAGGGUUAUUUCUCCAUCUCUCUCUCACUCUCUGCAAAAACCUCUGUCCAAGGCUAGAGCUUGAGUGAUACACUAAUCCACUGAAUAUCAUGGGCUCCAUUAAUGGCAGAUGUUUUCAAGGACUGAGGUAGGUAAACGACAACUAUCUGACAUCUUCAAAGCAUUGAGAGGCCUUUCUUUAUUUCCAUCCAUUUUUAAUUGUAAGGGCAAUGUCUUGGUUUUCAAUUUCAUGCGAAAUCAAGAGAAAAAAUUUGGUAUUUCUUUUAGCUGCAAUAUCUCCUGCUCAAGCAAACCAUUUAGAUGCUGAGUUUUGUGCAAGUUCAAGGAAUAAUGCGUAUCAUGCUUGUUUUCCUCUUUAUAUGAGUUGGGUUUGAUCUUAAGGAGACUGCAUAUUGGUGAUUAGUCCGUUUAAUCCGAGAACCUCUGUGAUAUCGAUGGUGUUUUGAUAUGGUGAUUCACUAAAAUGUCUUGGAUUCAGUCUCAAAUCUUUCCCAAAGGUGGUCACUUGUUUCACCCUUCUCGCUCUUUGCUUUCACCCUCCUCGUUAUCUCCUUCUUCUUCAUAUUCUCCUUCAUUGCCAUAUAAUAGCGAUCACCAGAAACAAUCUUCUUCCGGUAACAAAAUAAGCCCGGCUAUAAUUUUUAUCAUAGUUAUUAUAGCUGUCAUAUUUUUCAUUUCUGGCCUUCUCCACUUGCUUGUUAGAUUUCUCAUAAAGCAUAGAUCUUCUUCUUCAGUGUCUGAAUCCAACAGAUACCCAGAAAUGUCCGAGUCCGAUGCUUUCCGAAGACAGCUACAUCAACUCUUCCAUCUUCAUGAUUCUGGCCUAGAUCAAGCUUUUAUUGAUGCAUUGCCUGUGUUUCUUUACAAGGACAUUAUGGGUCUGAAAGAGCCAUUUGAUUGUGCGGUUUGUCUUUGUGAAUUCUCAGGGAAGGACCAGUUGAGAUUGCUUCCCGUAUGUAGCCAUGCUUUCCACAUAGAUUGCAUAGAUACAUGGUUACUAUCUAAUUCGACUUGUCCCCUUUGUAGAGGGACCCUUUAUGCAACCGGACUUCCCUUCGAAAACCCUGUUUUUGAUUUUGAAGAACCAACGGAAUAUGAGUUCACAAGCACCGCGGGCAGUGGGACAUCCAUUGGCCAAAAGCCAGCAGAGAAUGAGAGGAGCAAUUCAAAAAGGGUGUUUUCUGUUAGACUAGGCAAGCUUAAAUGCUCAUCCAGCGAAACAGCGGAGAAAGGAGAGGGAGAGACCAGUAGCAGUAAUUUGGAUGCAAGGAGAUGCUAUUCAAUGGGGUCAUAUCAGUAUGUGGUUGCUGAUUUGGAUUUGCAAGUAUCUUUGUGCCCUGGUAGAGGUGCAGAUCCUGGUAGCGUCCAGAUUGUGAAGGGAAGAAAUGGACAAAAUGAGAAUUCAUCAAUUGAUGGGGAUGUUGAGGGGAAGAAGAUUAACAUUAUAAGUAAAGGAGAAAGCUUUUCUGUGUCAAAGAUAUGGCAGUGGUCUAGGAAAGAGAAAUUCCUCUCAAAUUAGGACAAGGCUGAGAAAAUGCCUUCUCUUUUAGCUGAACUAUGUGCCUCAUGCUCCUGCAUACAAAAGAAGAAUUUUCCAAAAUGUUUGAUUGUAAAUCACAAAGCUGUGAGCUUUGAAAGGGUUAUAUUCCAUUUUUCCCGCUGAGAGGGUGGGUGGCUACCUACAUGAGAUGCCUUUGGGAAAAGGGUUACAGCAUAGUCAAGUCGCAAGUUGCUUUUUAGAGGGUAUCAGAUUUCUCUGGGAGUCUCUUUUGGCCAAAAACAAAUUCAUUCAUUCUUCUUCUGGGGUGGAUUGAUGUUGGUGGGAUCCGUGAAAAGCGGUUUGAGGGACGCUUGUGAGGAGGAGCCAUAAUAAUUUGGACCUCUGACAUGACGUGUGGGGAGUAGGGUCCCCCCUCUCCCUCUCCUCCUCCCCUAUCUGCUUGAUAGUUUGAUCCCAUGCGCCCCUCAUCAAAUGAAGCUAUUAAAGAAACGAACAAAAGUAAAGUGCUUCCCUGUCCCACCCUCUCCUCGUGGAGAAAUAACAUACUACGAUUUUUAUUUCAUGUAAGAUUAAUGCAUAAGUGGACAUUCAAAUAAAACAUUUCUAUUGUUUAUUC